AUGGUAGGUUUGGAAUUCCUAGACCUUUCUUACAAUAAUAUAUCAGGAAUCAUUCCUAUGACUUUGGAGAAACUUCAAAAUCUCAAAUAUUUCAAUGUUUCUAUCAACAAGUUGUAUGGUGAAAUACUCUCGAGGGGUCCAUUCAAGAACCUCUUGAGUAAGUUUUUCAUCUACAAUGAAGCAUUGUGUGGUUCUUCAAGGUUUAGUGUCCCUCCAUGCCCCAGUUCAUCAAAGCACAGAUCAAAUAGGAAAAGAUUGCUAGUUCUAUUUCUUUUGCUGGGAAUUGCACUAGUAUUUGUUCCUAUCACCUUUGUGUUUUUCUGGAUAAGGUAUAGAAGAGGUAAAAGAGCUCCUCAACAACCUGAUUCAUUGUCUUCCAUAACAAGAAAAACAAUAUCAUACUAUGAAUUGCUCCAAGCAACUGAGGCGCUUAGCGAGAGUAAUCUGAUUGGUUCCAGAAGUUUCCGCUCAGUUUACAAAGGCGUUCUCAGAAGUGGAACUGCUGUUGCAGUUAAAGUAUUCAAUCUGCAACUAGACGUGGCAUUCAAGAGCUUUGAUACAGAAUGUGAAUUUCUGCGCAGCCUUCGCCGUAGGAAUCUCAUAAAAGUCAUUACUAGUUGUUCCAACCUUGAUUUUAAGGCUUUAGUGCUCGAGUAUAUGCCAAAUGGAAGUCUUGAUAAGUAUUUGUGUUCACACAACUAUUUUCUCAACAUCAGGCAGAGACUAAGCAUUAUGAUAGAUGUGGCCUGUGCGUUAGAAUAUCUCCAUCAUGGGUGUGCAUUGCCAGUGAUUCACUGUGAUGUUAAGCCUAGUAACGUCUUGCUGGAUGAGGAUAUGGUUUCCCAUGUAAGCGACUUUGGCAUCUCAAAACUUCUUGGUGAAGAUGAUUGUGAUUUAUACACAAAAACGUUAGCAACACUAGGUUAUAUUGCACCGGAGUAUGGACGGGAUGGUUUGGUAUCAACAAAGUGUGAUGUAUAUAGCUAUGGGAUCAUGUUGCUGGAAACGUUUACCAGGAGAAAGCCUAAUGAGUUUGAGGGAGAUCUUACCUUGAAGCAAUGGGUGAGUUAUUCACUUCCAGAGGCAGUAAUGGAUGUCGUAGAUUCCAACUUGGUAACAUCAACGGGUAAUCGAUUCCAGAAAGAGAUAAAUCUUGUGGCUUCAAUGAUGAAAGUGGCAUUAGAUUGUUGUGCUGAAUCUCCGGCAGGAAGGAUAAACAUGAAAGAUGUUGUAGGGAUGCUACAAAAGAUCAAGGUUCAACUUCUUGCAUGCUAA